CCUGGCUGUAACUGCCUCUUCCCCUUCUUCUCCUCCCUUCUUUGGCUCAGUUGGACAGAACAAGGUGAGAAGAUAGACACUGUGACUGCAGCAACUGUGGAUAGCCAGCCAAGGGAAGCAAAGACAAUGACUCUGCUCCUGGCCAAUGAUAGUUUACAUGGACCUAAUGAAACCUUUCCAUUACAUCAUACUCCCACAUCUAUCAGCUCCCUGGUUAUCUUCUCCCUCACCUUCCUGCUGGGCAUUCCUGGAAAUGGCUUGGUAAUCUGGGUGGUCAGCCUGAAAAUGCAACGAACAGUGAACACCAUUUGGUUUCUACACCUUGCAGUGGCUGACUUUCUGUGCUGCCUUUCACUUCCUUUCACCAUUGUCCACCUGGCCCUCCAUUACCACUGGCCUUUUGGGUGGUUGUUCUGCAAGAUCAUCCCAACAGCCAUUCUUUUUAACAUGUUUGCCAGUGUUUUUCUCCUCACAGUCAUCAGCAUUGACAGGUGUCUGCUGGUAAUGAAGCCUGUUUGGUGUCAGAAUAACAGAACAGUACGAUUUGCAUCAGGGAUAUGUGGCAGCAUCUGGCUCCUAGCCUUUGUGAUGUGUUCUCCUGCCUUCUUCUACCGCGAGACUGUUACAGAUGAACUUGGCAAGAGUCGAUGUGUCUAUAACUGGUAUGGUGAAGAGCAUGUGCAGGAAACAGAACAGGAUGAUCUAGUUUUCAACCAUGAUCUGUUUUCUAUUCAACCUCCUACUGAUAUCUCUCAGGACUAUUUUACUGAUGGAACUCUGGACAUAUAUUCAAAGGACCAAGUUCUUAACAUGGCUGAAAAUAACUCAAAGGCUCCAUAUUCUAGGAUACUAGACACAACUGGCAUCCAUCAAGAUACACUGGUGACAGACAGGACCCGUCGUACAGCCAUAUUUAAUUUUUCCCAACCUCAGGUGAAUACUGCCACAAUCAAUAUUCUUCAUUCAGAUGUCUCCUCUGAUAGUUUUUCUGAAAACUACUCUGACAUAAACAACUCAAUGGAAUAUUAUUAUGAUGACUACCUCUCUGAGAGCCAACCGCCAAGUGUCCUUGUGUCCAUUACCAUAAUCAGAAGUGUCUUGGGUUUCCUCCUCCCUUUUGGAAUCAUGACAACUUGCUAUGUCCUUCUUGCCCGCAAGAUGCUCAAAAACCAGUUUACAAAGACCCGUGGAAAGGUUCUACUGGUGAUCCUGCUUGUAGUAGCUACUUUUUUUCUCUGUUGGGUUCCUUACCAUAUUAUUGGGGUUCUGUACCUUUUGGCUACUCCAGGCACAGAGUUUUUUGAAGAACUGGCUUUGUGGGACCACAUCUCCACAGCAUUGGCAUAUGCCAACAGCUGCACCAACCCACUUCUUUAUGUGUUUGUGGGGAAGAAUUUUCGAGAAAAAGCUUUCCAGACAGUGCAGGGCAUUUUUGAAGGGGUUUUCAUUGAGGAAGCUACAUGUUCCACUGCAUGCUCCCAGGGCAGAAGCCAGACCAAGCAUGACAAGUUUACUGAUACUUCUGUCCUCUAAAAUGAUACUUCCAGACAAAUUUUCCUCACUCCUAUUAGUCCGACUUAAAA